CCCAACGUUCCACGCGUCCGCCAAGAGUCCAAAAACCGAUGUCAUCGAGCGAACAGGACCCCUACCUUACAUUUCUUGAGCGAGCGAACAAGUCGUAUGAGAGCAAUUCAGUUCACACGGCCGGUGGUCCUCCUGGAGAAGUCAUGCAGGUGAGGGAGGGGGAGGGUCAGGAGACGGGUAAACUGCGCGAUGUAUGCGAGCGGACGUGGUAUGCUUCGGAAAGCGACGAGCGUUUUGAGGCGGUCGUCCUUGAUUCGCUGCCUGAAUUCAACGAUGAGUUUACUGUCGACGAAUGGGAUACCCACGGACAAUAUCGCGCACUGGCCGACGCCGUCCGCGGAGCUGGGGAAGACCCAGAGAAGGGCCACGUCAAGGUCUACAAGGUGCCUGGAGAAGGAGCGAGGGUGUAUUACUAUGUCUUGACAAGAACGAGAGCCGGAGGAUACGUUGGAGGCCGUGUACUCUCUGUAGAAACGUGAUUUCAACUUAAUAAGGUUGCCCUCAAUUAAAGGAUUGUAGCUGGGUGUGUACGUGGCGCUCGGCGUUGUUUUCAUUGCCCUAC